GGGAGGGUGAGGGUGCCUUUCUCGACCUCCAGCUCCUCUCCCUCCCUGAGGCGGUGCGGGGCUCUCACCGCAUGGGGUACGAGCCUCCUGCCCGUGGGGUCGCGCGCCGGCAUCCCGGGCUCCAGGGUGCGGGAGCGCGCAGUGCGGGCGCGGGGCCGGGCGCACGCGCGUGCGGGGCGCAUUUGAGCCCGGCGGGCGGAUGGGUGGGAGGCCGGGCGCGCGAGCCCAGCUGCCCGCUCACCUGGCGGCCGCUGCUCACCUGGCGCCGAGCGCGCCCCCGGCCUCCCGCCCCUCCCACGGCCGCCGCCCCUCGCCGCCGCCGGCCACCUGCGACCCGAUCCGCCGCGCGCCGCGGACGCACCGGAGGAGCCCCCUCGGCCUGCGCGCGCCAAGGUGACCCCCCAGACGACCCUCGUCGCCGCGGGCCGCGGGCCCAGCGCCCUCUCUGUCCCCGUCGCGUCCGCCGCCCGUCCCUGCCGCUAGGGGAGUGGCUGCAGAGUCUGAGCAUCAGUCGGCCGGUCUGUCUGUCUGUCUGCCUGUCUCCACACCUCCGGUGCGCUCACCGGCCUUUUGUGCACGUGGGGGAAGCCCGGACCCCUCUUUGUUCUGGCUGGGGGUGUGGAUGAGUGUGUGCACGCGCGCCGGGGAUAUAUUUUAGAGGGUGGGAGCUCCAUGGAAUCGGACGAUUUAUAUAUUCCAUCGGGAUGACCCAGGCUCUGGACUGUGGCCGGCGUGCGGUGCUCCAGCGGCCAGAUGGCAAGUAGCUGCGCGUUCUGGGCUGCGGGAGAGGAUGGAGUGUGUGCCCCGCACUUCAGCACACAGACCGCGCCGCCCCUGGGGGCCUGCCUCACUGGCAGCCGUGUUUUGAGGUCCUUUCCUGUGCUUUCCCCAAAGCCACGCGGCAUUUUUCAUAGUGAGUUUUAAAUCACGGAGACUUUGGCUUUUGUUUUAACAGUUUGUCAUUCACGAAGCUUGUGGCAUUUGCUAGCAGUGUUUGAAGAGGGGCUGGCUGUCUUUUUGUGUAGUUCUGCAUGAUCUCGGACUGUCGCCCUGCUGUGCCUGCCCAUUAAAAGACUGUCUUUUUGUUGAAGAGGACGGGGGUUAAAAUGACCGGAGACCCGCAGGCCAAUCUCAGCGGCUUGCUCCCAGGUUACUUAGAUGCGGGUGCUGCUGUGGAGAACGUCUCCGCCGCCGUCUCCUCCCAGGUUCCCGGUGUGGAGCCAGAGCCGGAGCUCGUGGUGAACCCCUGGGACAUUGUCUUGUGUACCUCAGGAACUCUCAUCUCCUGUGAAAAUGCCAUCGUGGUCCUUAUCAUCUUCCACAACCCCAGCCUCCGAGCGCCCAUGUUCCUGCUGAUCGGCAGCCUGGCUCUGGCAGACCUGCUGGCCGGCGUUGGACUCAUCAUCAAUUUUGUGUUUGCCUACCUGCUUCAGUCGGAAGCCACCAGGCUGGUCACCAUUGGCCUCAUUGUCGCCUCGUUCUCUGCCUCUGUCUGCAGUUUGCUGGCCAUCACCGUGGACCGCUAUCUCUCCCUGUAUUAUGCUCUGACAUACCAUUCGGAGAGGACAGUCACGUUUACCUAUGUCAUGCUUAUCAUGCUCUGGGGGACCUCCAUCUGCCUGGGACUGCUGCCCAUCCUGGGCUGGAACUGCCUCAGGGACGAGUCCACCUGCAGUGUGGUCAGACCUCUCACCAAGAACAACACGGCCAUCCUCUCCAUCUCCUUCCUCUUCAUGUUCGCGCUCAUGCUUCAGCUCUACAUCCAGAUCUGUAAGAUCGUCAUGAGGCACGCCCACCAGAUAGCCCUGCAGCACCACUUCCUGGCCACCUCGCACUAUGUGACCACCCGGAAAGGGGUCUCCACCCUGGCCAUCAUCCUGGGGACCUUUGCUGCUUGCUGGAUGCCUUUUACCCUCUAUUCCUUGAUAGCUGAUUACACCUAUCCCUCCAUCUACACCUACGCCACCCUCCUGCCCGCCACCUACAAUUCCAUCAUCAACCCUGUCAUAUACGCGUUCAGAAACCAGGAGAUCCAGAAAGCCCUCUGCCUCAUCUGCUGCGGCUGCAUCCCAUCCAGCCUCUCCCAGAGAACGCGGUCCCCCAGCGACGUGUAGCAGCCUUCCAGUGACAGGAUGCUGCUCACCCAAUGCUGCAUCUACCAAGCACUUCCACUGCCUGGCGAACGGGCCAGAUGCUUUCCUUAGAUUCUUUAUGCUGGAUUCUCUCUGGAGCCACAGAAACACUUAGCAUUCGUGAAACUUUCAUUCACAUCAGUUAAGUGAUUGGAGUGAAAAUAAUGUUACCUGUGUUUUCACACUUUUAAAAAAAUUGUUGAGGUCUUUGCUCAACAUUUUGUUGUUUAGGAGUGGGGGGUUUGUUUUAUAUUUUAUCUGGAGGCAGGGCUUUUGCUUUAUAUUUUGUUUGGAAGGUUGAUGGUGGGUCAAAAAGGAAGGGAUUUGACAAGGCCAUGAUGUUCUCGAAAGUAAACUGGUCCCAGAAUUUUUACCUGGACUUUAAAAUAAAAUGGAGUUAUUGAGGAAAAUCAAGUUACCCUUUCCAGACUUUUUUUUUUUUAUAUGUCAAGGUAGAUUUUCAAUACUACAUGUAUCUAACAGAAUACAGUCUCUUUCAUGCCAGUGAAAAUGUUUUACAUGCUUUUGCUUGGGAGAAACCUGAUUUUGUAAACAUGAACUCAAUAAUAAGUUACCAACACUGAAACUGUGAACCCAUUCUUAUUCAUCCUUUCUUUACUUUCAGCAGUUACUGUUGACAAGAAUUACUCUGGUAUUUCUAUGAAUGUUGUAACUCUUUCUGCAUGGUUGCCUGUAUUAGUUAGACCACUAGUUUCAAAUGUUGUAAUGUAAAUCCAGAAUCAAAUGCAUCAUUUUUCAACAUAGGUUUUUAAUAUGUCCUUUAAAAGUGAAUUAUAAAAUUUGUUUUUAUUUACAUAGGAAGUUGGAUUCACCCUUGUAGUUUCUCAAGCUACAGUCUCAUUGUUUUUAGGAAACAAAAAGAAAAAAUUAAUAACAUCUCUUGAAAGUAGAUUAAAUAUAUUUCAGUAUAUUCUGAAAUAUAAAUCAAUGUAAAGCUAUCACAUAAUAUGAAAAACAUCACUUUUUCCUAUCUUCAUCUAAGAAUGAAUUAAUAGUUAUUCUUGAUUGAGACAAAUAGAAUUAAAUAUUGUAGACCACAUAUUUCUGGUUUAUAUUAUCAAUGGUGUAAAAUGCAUUUGAAACAGGUGAUCUCCUUUUUUAAUUAUUAUUUUGUUUGUGUGUGCAUAGCACCCAUAUCUGAUGGUGACAUAUCAUAUAAGUUCACCAGUGGCUGUUCAUAAAAGUUAAGUUUCAACUUCUUUUUCUUCUUUUCACCAAAAAACCAACUUAAAUGCAAUAAAAACUGUAUUGCCUGUUUUCAGAGAGCAAGGAUUUCACAAGGAAAUUACACAGAAGAACUGAUUUUAAACAUAUUAUAAAAUCAUUGUGUCUGAGCAUCAUUUCUGUUAGCACAGACAGAUGUUUUGGGACACCUUCCUUCCACGGGCAGUGGACUUACAGCUGUGUCUACACAGCCAGAUGGCGAUAAGACCAGUGUAAGAGCCCCUGGUGAAUCAUUAGCCUCAUUGGUUUGUCCCCAUGUUCUGCCCAUGGUCUCAGGACCCUCUGGCUAACUGAUGCCAUCUCUCCAGAGCCCCUUCUCAUGUAGCACAAAUAGGAAUAAAUCCUCUACUCAGACCUGUGUCUCCUCCCUUAGGCUACUUGUGGAAGCAGGAGGAAGGUUGAAAUAUUUCAGAAAUGGAGAAGGAUUUUUCAAUGCAUAUUACCUUACAAUCUAAUCAAGCUGAUGCCUUUAAAAUUUUUUCUUCAAUAUGUGAUUGAGUUGGUAGAUUGAACAUGAUGAGUCUGUUUUUAAUCACUUCGAGUCAGUAGCAUCUCCAUGCCAGAAAUAAUUAAGGUAAGUUGGUUUGGCCAUAGGCUGGGAAAUAUCCAGAAGGAGGGUUGAAAGCAAUAAGUGAUAUUUUUGUAGUAAUGGCGGGUCUCUCUCGCCUUGGCUGGUUAGCUCAGUUGUUCAGAGCAUUUUCCUGAUACCUAAGGUUGCGGGUUCGAUCUCUGGUCAGGGCACAUACAAGAAUCAGUAAUCAAUGAAUACAUAAAUAAGUGGAACAACAAAUCUAUGUUGCACUUCUCUCUCUCUCUCUCUCUCUCUCUCUCCCCCCCCUUUCUAUCUCUAAAAUCAUUUUUCUUAAAGGUGGGUUUCUCAUAGUUAGAAUUUUCAUGAUAAUAACAUGUGCUUUGUUUUACCACAUUUUGUGUCAGUCCCCAUGCUGGGUGAUUUACCUGCUGUUACUGUAUUCGCAAAAACACACUAUUAGAGGCAGGACCACUGAGGCUCAGCGAGGCUAAGAAAUGUGCCUGAGGCCCCAGCUGCCAGGGUAGAGCCAGGAUGUGAUGCAGGUUUUCCAGCACCUAUACCUGCUUCCUUUUGUGCACUGCUGCCUGGCUCCCUCACUGUGAGGGCAGAGGGAAAUGAUUUAUAACAUGUUACUGUUGCUACCUUUUAGUUCUACAAUUAACACAUAAAGCUUCUUGUUUAAAAUUACGUGUGAUGGGGUCCUACCUGGAAUAGGUCUGUUCUUAGCAUCCUCUUCUAAGCAUUGCCCCCUCUGUAGACAAGAGGGCAAUAUUUUAUGUGAAGCGGUGAAGGCACUCUUACUAUACAGUGAUUUUCCCUUCAUCUAUUAUUGUAAAGUUUGUAUCAUACAUGUACAUCAGUAUGUAAUGGGUGGAUACACACUAGUUACGUGGUUGCUUUUUACCCUUAUUUUUUUAAAUCCUUACAGGGGAUAUGUUUUUAUUGCUUUUUUUUAGAGAGGAAAAGAGAGAGGAGGAGGGAGAGAGAGAAACAUUGAUGUGAGAACACCAAUUGACUGCCUCCCGUAUGCUCCCCCCAGGGAAUCAAACCCAAAACCUUUUCGGUGUACAGGACGAUGCUCUAACCAACUGAGCUACCUGGCCAUAGAACCUCUGUUUUUAAAACAUCUUAUUUCAGCAAAGAUUUUUCAAUUCAACUAUAACAUGUUUUUACUGUUUACAUUGAAUUGUGAACUUUUGGAAGUCUAUAUGGUUGCCUAUAAAAUUUCUUAGUUUCCGUGGGGUUAAUUGUUCAAUGUGCACAGGUAUUGAUAUAUAUGUAGUUGUUUAAAUAUGUGUGUAUAUAUCUAUAUAGAUAUACUAGAGGCCCAGUGCACGAAAAUUCAUGCACUGGGGGGAAGGCUUCCUCAGCCUGGUCUGCGCCCUCUCACUGUCUGGGAGCCCUCAGGGGAUGUCCUACUGACGGCUUAGGCCUGCUUUUCAUGGAGAGCAGGCCUAAGCUGCAGUCUGGCCUCCCUCUGUGGGAGAUGACCGGGAAGCUGAUCAGGGGACGGUGCUGGCUGCCA